AUGGACGAUAAGAGCUCAGGCCGAACCCCCUCCACCCGAACAUUCGCUUCCUCCCAACUCUUCUUCAUCCCCCCCCCCCUUCAACAGAUCCACAAACCUCAAGAAUACAGGAAGAAGAUACAGAGGGUCGAGCUUCUCAAUCUCACCGGCACGUCGAUACGCUCUCAGGUGUUUUACCUCCUCUUACAACCUUCUUCCUAUGGCGUGAACUACCGUCGCUGCCUCGCGAAGCAGCAAGCGGUCGCCCGAAUUCCCAUCAUGGAUCCGUUUUCCGUCUCGAGCGGCGUCGCCGGCCUCAUUUCCCUCGGCAUCACGGUCUGCAAGGGUCUCAACAUCUACUGCCAGGACUACCGGUCGAGAGACGUCGACAUCCUCCUCCUCGGGCAGCACGCGGAGCGACUGGAAGCCUUUCUGCAACUCAUCAAAAGCCGUACCGACGGGGCUGUCGUGGCCAACCACUCCCUGUCCAACUCUUUCCAGGAGUGUUUCACCGCCUGCGAUGUUUGCCUCCAAGACUUCAAGACGCUCAACGCCAAGUACUCUCAACCUUCGGCCGUGCAGGGUCUCAGGGAAAGGGGGAAGACUGUCAUCAGGCAGCUGCAGUAUCCCUUUCAGAAAGACAAGUUCGAUAACCUUAAGUCGCAAAUGGAGGAUUUCCGGUCGGCCUUUCUGAGCCUCUUGCUCUUGAUGAACCAUGACCUAGCCAAGGAAUUGCAAGAAAAUACAAGGGCCGACGCUGCUCAGUUAGCCAUGACCAUAUGCGCCCAGACGCAGAAGACACAGGACCGAAUCGCAGCCAACAUCCCGGACAUGGAGGUUGUCGUGGAAAGGAGCUUGGCGAAACUUGAUCAUUCGUUGCAGGAGCGCCUUUUUAACCUCGAGAAUGCAAUCGCCCUAAGCUUGCAGUCGAGUAAGCCAAGCCUGCCACCAGGUCAACCGGCAGACGACAUGGGAUGUUACCGUCUCCUCCAAGAGCCCCAGAGCAUCCAUCAAGAGCCCGGAGAAUAUGCAUCUAUCUUCAAGGACUCGAGGAACAAGCAUCGUCUUCCAGCAGAUCCCCAUUCACUGUUGCGAGACCGGCAGGAGAAAGAGUUCCUAACAGUGGUAGCAUUGCCAAACGAGUCCUCAGUUUCUCCACUGCCUCCAAGCCUGUUGUGUAGUUGCUGGGUGAGCUUGCGGCAAUCGCGAUCAAGGAUCCCCGCAAAUCGACAACCGCAGCAUGACAAGCAAUGUGCGCUGUUCUUCCUGAACAAGAACACCCGAGCGUUUGGCGGAAAUUUCAAACUGCUCGGCUGUCUGUUCAAGUGGAAAAUGACAUUACAGUACUCCAGCUUCCUCAUGCGGAGCUUGAGCAUACAGCCCAACCUCACCGUCCGAGCAGUUGUAGACUACGAUGCUGGAGCCCAUGGCGUUAUCAAUCGAUUGAGGAGACGCGCAAAUCUCAUCAAAAAAAGGGGAUGGGAGGAUUUGCAUUGGACACUUUCACGAGGCUUGAUCGAAAUUCAUGAAAUGUUCAAGAGCGGUAGAGCCUGGCCAACGGAUGUUGACAAGUAUGGCCGCAACAUUAUACAUCUUGAGAUUCAAACUAUCUUGACGUUUUAUCUUGUACCCGUCCACAUGCAAUUGCAGUUUGGGUACACGCAGCUGACUCGAGCAGCUUUCGAUUACGGACUUCUGUUUCAGGCGCUGAUUCAAAAGUCGGAGAACGACGUACGUCGUCUUCUCCUUUCCUCGACGGAUCUGAUUUUUGAGAGAGGCCACGACAACCAAACGCCGCUUCACGUGGCUAUUCUCUGGCCCAGAGGUCUCAGGUUACUUUUCGAGCUUGCCGGAUUGGCCUGCGAUUCUAUCAUUGAUGCCCGAGAUUCAGCUGGCCACUCCGCCAUUUGCUGUGCCAUUGAUCUACAGCAAGUGGAGUCUGUCAGAAUCUUACUCGACCACGAUGCACCCUUGGACCUCGAACACACGGGCAAUUUCAGCCAUCCCGCGGUUCUUUAUCUAAGCCCCCCACGCAAAGUUUUUGAAGUACUGAGCAACGAGCUUAGUUGUCGCAGAAGACAACUUCUUUCGAUUGCUCUAAAGAAUCUCCCUGAUACAUGUAUCAGCAAGCUUGGGCUCCGAUCUGUAUCAAUGAUACAAACCAACGCUACCGAAGUCAUCGAUCAUCUGAAGCUUCAGCAUGUCGAUAUUCCUCAAAUCUGCCAUGGGGCACGACCCGGGACGAUCUACCACUCGCCAAAAAUGUCCGUCACUCUAGCCGAAUCUUUGUUCCGUGCUGGGUUCACUGAAGUGGAUUUUCUUAUUGAGGGUUAUUCACCUUUGAUGACUAUCGAACCUUCAGCAUAUUUCGUCAUCAAUGGUUGUAGUCCGGCAUCAAACUUUAUCAAAGGCUUCUUAUCCCCCAACCGCCCAGAAGUUUUUCCGCCACGAAUGUGGGAAGCACAAGCAAUUCCUCCAGGUCUGCCCUUUGUGCUUGCGUCGUUUCAAGAGUGUGUUACUGGCCAGGAUUACGAAAAGUGCGUGUACGAUGCCGUCCGCGUCUGCACCUUUGCCAAACUGGGGAUGCAUCACACUUGCUGCAGUUACCGCCACUUUCGGGGGGAAAUUCCGAGGGAUAAGUUCCACGGCACAGAACGCUGUGGACUUCGCGUUAUGGAGCCUGCGGAAGUCGCCGAAAUCCAGGAAGAGGACAGGCACACGGCAGAGCUUCUGGAAAUGUUGAUGGCUGAGUUUGAGGCGAGAUUGCAGAGUCAUCCAGAGCCGCUCGAUCACUUCGUUUCAGACUAUUGGUGGAGGAGGAUGAGUCAAGUCGAAGCCGAAAGGGAGCAAAUUGGCGACGAUGACAUACAGGCUAUGCGGGACAUUGGGGUUUUCGAUUUCAAGAUUGACACCGAUAUUUUUAUGAUUGUUUGUGGUGGAGUUGCCGACUGCCGAAGUGUAUGGCACAAGCCACACGCUUCAUUAUCACUAUCAGGAGAGCUCAACGGUGUCACAAUGGUCGCCAUCACCCUCCCCCUCCUGGCAUCCCUGGCAGCAUCCCCCUCGCGCCUAGGAAUCGUCUGCGCGCGCUUCAAAGAACCUCUCGAGCCGUGGGCCGGCGUCGCGUCGUCGACGUACCUUUACGCGAAAGGCGGCGUCCCGCAGACCAACGACAGCGUCCCGCACGCGGCCUUCCGCGCCUACGUGCCCCUCCGGAACAUCGGACGAGAGGGGCACACGCACCUCUACCACAUCGUCAGCCGCUACGACGAGCUCGACGACGUCACGAUCUUCACGCAGGCGGACCCGUUCGACCUCCUGGCGCCGGCCGUGAAGACGGCGGAGGACAUGGCGCGCCGGGCCGCCGCGGAGGUCGGGGCAGACGACGUCUCGCCGCUGAACCCCGGGCUGUUCCACGACGUGGCGGACUGGGGGCGGAUCGACUGGAACAGCUCGGCGCAGAGGCUGUGGAUCACCCCGGGCCAGGGAAGGACCUUGCAGCGCGCGCCGUACACGCCGGGGGAGUUUUGGACAAAGGUGCUGGGCGGGCGGCAUCCGGCCGCGAUACGCGCGAUGCACGGGGGCAUCUUCGCCGUCCGGCGGGAGACGAUACGGGGGCUGCCGAGGGCGGUGUACGAGACGGCCCUGGCCGAGUUCGAGAAGGCGAACUCGACGAACCCGGAGGUCGGGUUCUUCAUGGAGCGCAUGUGGGCGCCGAUGUUCUCGCGCAAGUACUGGUUGACGAGCGUGCAGAUUCCUUGA